AUGAAGGCGAACACAGUUUCUCUCUCUCUCUACUUUUCUUUGCUGCUGCUGCUCUGCUGCUGCUCUUUACUUCUUUCUCAAACCGACCAAACCUCUCUCUCUCUCUCUCUCUCUCUCUCUCUCUCUCUCUCUCUCUCUCUCUCUCUCUCUCUCUCUCUCUCUCACAUCAUGAAUCCAGAUCUGAAAGCUGAGCGCGCUGGCGCUAGCUUUGAUCCCAAGGCCUUGACCCCACACCUCUACGGCGGCCAGGCUCGACUGGAGCGCUUUAAUGCCGUGCGGCGGCUCAUUGAAGAGGACCCCGUCUUUCGGGUGGAUGACUACUACUUUGCGUCCCGCGAGGAACGGUACACGAGAGCCAUGGAAAAGACAUCGCGAUUGGUGCAGCUCGUCAAACAGCACAACCUAUCCGAGGAGGAAUCGAUCGUCAUGCGUCUGUGCAUUCGCGAGCAACUGCCUUUGGGGCUGCAUUGGGUGAUGUUUAUACCUGCCAUCAAGGGUCAAGGCACUCCCGAGCAACAGAAAAAGUGGCUUCCCUUGGCACAGUCACUGCGCAUCGUUGGAACUUACGCGCAGACGGAAAUGGGGCACGGUACCUUUCUGCGCGGUUUGGAGACAACGGCUACCUAUGACCCGGCCACAAAGCAGUUUGUGCUUCACAUGUCGGAUCAUGGACCCCAUGCCUUUAUCGUACAGAUUCGAGACCUUGAUUCGCACAAGCCGCUACCGGGCGUCUCCGUGGGGGACAUUGGUCCCAAGCUGGGAUAUGACUCGAUGGACAACGGCUUUUUGAAGUUGGACCACGUCCGCAUCCCUCGCGAUCAGAUGCUGAUGAAGUUUGCUCAGGACCCCAAGCCAUCCCCAGUCUGGAUUCACGUGUGGUCGCCCGAACGCCCGGACGAUUUUGCACAGGUGUCCGAAAGCGGUGCAUACACUCGGCCCCCAAACACCAAGCUAAGCUACGGGACGAUGAUUUACGUGCGCAGUGUCAUGAUCUCAGAUGCCGCGCGCCAUCUCCAGGCUGCCACGACGAUUGCCAUUCGCUAUGGAGUUGUGCGACGUCAAUCGCUGCUUGAGGAAACGGCUUCGAAAGAGACGCAAGUGUUGGAUUACAAUAGCUCGCAGCAACAGCUAUUUCCCCUCCUCGGUUGGGCGUACGCCUGCCAUUUCGCUGGCCAACACUUGAUCAAGAUGUACCAAGACCUUCAGGCGUCGCUCAACCGCGCUGAUCUUUCCAUGCUUGAGUACGUCCACGGCACCACCACGGGGUUGAAGGCCCUGGUGACCACCAUUGCCUCUGAGGGACUCGAGACAUGCCGAAAAGCCUGCGGUGGACACGGCUAUUCGCGCUUUUCAGGCUUGCCUGACUUUUAUCAGGAUUACGUGCCUGCUUGCACUUAUGAAGGGGAGAACAAUGUGAUGAAGCUGCAGUGUGCGCGCUACCUGGUCAAAUGUUUUCGCCAAGCCGCCAAAGGCCGCAACUUGGCUCCGGAGAUGUCCUACAUUGGCCAAGCUACAAAGCCGAGUCACACUUCUAAACCACUCAACCUGGAUGGCCCGGAUGCCUGGUUGCACUGGAAGAUUCAAAGCCGCGUCUUGGAGGCCAAGGCUUGCCUGUCAUUGGCGGCCGCCGUGCGUGAACUUGACCGGCAGUUGGGCAGUACCUCCAAAGGCAAGGCUUGGAAUAACGCGGCCGAGCCACUUUCCGCGGCUGCGCUCGAGCACAGUCAGGUUGUGAUGCUUCGACUCCUGGAGGGUGGCAUUGCAACACCUAGUAUCGCCGACACCGCUCGGCGUGCGCUGGAAAGCUUGCGCUCCCUGCUGGCCCUCAAGUUGAUCCAGGCACAGGCCCCAGCACUGCAGCUGGCAAACCUUUUGUCUGCCAUGGAUGUUCAGCACUUGAGCACGGCUGUCACAAAGCUGUUGGCAGUGGUACGGCGCGACGCUGUAGCCCUUGUGGAUGCCUUUGACCUGUCGGAUCACUUCCUGAACAGUGCCCUGGGGCGCUAUGAUGGACAAGUGUACGAAGCUCUUUACGCUGCCGCUCAAAAGAGCACUCUCAAUGCUACGCCGGUCACUCGCGCGGUACAAGAGCAUCUGCAACCCCUGAUGAAGUUUUCGCGGGCCAUGCUUGGCAUGCCCAAACUAUAA